UUUAGGUUUUACAAAUAUAAAAAUUUACAAUGUCAUCUUUGCGGCAUUCUGUUUUGGACAAGAAUCUAAGAAAAUCCCUAAGAAUAAUGCAAGAUAACUCGUUACUAAAAGAUACAGAGAUUCAACCAUCAAGUGAUGUCUCUUUCAACAAAACCGCUCCUGAAGCCUCCACUAAAACUAGGAAAAGGCUUGGUAAUACACCUGAUAUGAAAGAGAAUACUGAAAUGGAAUCUAAGAAUGCUAAAUCUUUGCCUCCUGAAAAUAAAAAGAAGUUUCUUUCUCAGAGGAAAAAACAAGAUUUAGUUGAUCUGGUUAUGGAAUACCAAUAUAAAUAUGAGCGACUACGCGGUAUCACUGAUGCACUAAAAACACAAUUAGGCGAAUUGAUUGAAUGUCAUGAAAAAGAGAAGAAAGAUUUAGUUGAGGUGAAGAACAAGUUGCUGGGAAACUUGUAUACACUUGAAGGAGUCAAAUUCAAUUUGGAUCAAAAGGUGGAAGAGCUGUCCAACAACAGUGAGCAACAACAAAAAAAGCAUGCAGAAUUGGAAACACAGUUAGAGAAGCUGCAAGAAGAAAUAAAAAAUUAUCAAGCCCAAGAUAAAAAGGAAAUUGAAAAGUUAGGAAACACAAUAAUACUUGAACCGUUACAUACCUCUAUGGUGCUAUCCUCCAGCACGCCACAUCCUGUGUCACGGAUGAAGAGAAGAAGCAUGCUGAAUCAAACGAUUAACACUUUGGCCAAGAGCAAUGAUGAUAAACCAAGGGAAGAACUAUUAGAGGACGUGGUUUUGGUUCAACAAGAUAUUUUGGACUUCUACUCUCUUCUCUGUGGUGUGUCUGUUUGGAAGGAUUCGGCAAAUGAAGAAGAGGAAGAAGAGAUCCCAGAAAGUGUUUUAUUCAACUGCAAGCUUCAGUUGUUAUCGCCUUAUAAUGAUUUGAAGUUCAACAUGGCGUUAAAUUUUGCAAAAAAGGAAAUCGAAUACCGGCCGGUCGACGAACAAUAUCCGGAAAACACGCCGGUGUUUUUUAAACAGACUAACAAUUACAAUGCUGAUGAAGGAUAUUUAUUUGUGAAGAAUUUUUUGGAUGUUAUUUAACUCAGUUAGGCGAGAGUGAUUGACAAAUUGUACAGUCUUUCCAAGGGGCUUCAUAUCUGGGAUCAAAUCAAAAUUUUAAUCAUUUUUAUAUCAUCUCAAGAAAAUGGAAUGUCACUAGGACUUUAAUUUUACCUCAAAAUGUAUGUGCGACUCUACCACAAAUGAACUUAGUGUGAAUGCACAAGCUUCACUGUCCAAAGAGAAAAACUCGCUGUAGAUCUCGUAAUUAUCGCCAAUUCAUUCACGCCAAAAACUCCGCUUUAUGGGUACGUUUGGUUUAAAUGGUUUUGGUUUCUGUAUAGUAUAUAACAUUAAGUUCGAAAGUAUUUUUAAUCUGUAACAUUUUAGACCGCUCGAUAAAUGCUUGCCGUUUAAAAUAACGAUUGCUCCAAA